AUGGGAAAGAAGAAGACAGAUGAGGCUGGUGCAACCACGAAGGUUAAGUCAACCGGAAAAGAUGCGUCUAAAGACGGGAAGAAAGAGAAAGUAUCAGUCUCUGCCAUGUUGGCCAGCAUGGACCAGAAACCUGAUAAGCCCAAGAAAGGAUCUUCCUCAAGUACAAAGGCGAAAGGUGCUCCAAAGCGUCCAUCCUACACUGAUGAUAUUGAUCUCCCCCCCUCUGAUGAAGAAGAUGAAUAUGUGUUGGAAGAGGGCCAACAAGAAGAAAAGCAGAAGAGGCCAGAAUAUAAGCCACUUGAUGUAUCCAUAACAGAGAAAGAGUUAAAGAAGCGUGCUCAGAAGGACCUUCUAGCUGCCCAUGCUGUUGAGCAGGCUAAGAAGGAGGCCCUUAGAGAUGAUCAUGAUGCUUUCACUGUUGUUAUUGGAAGCCGGGCAUCGGUACUUGAUGGUGAAGAUGGCGAUGCUAAUGUCAAGGAUAUAACAGUAGAAAAUUUUUCUGUGUCGGCUCGGGGAAAGGAACUUCUAAAGAACACCUCAGUGAAGAUAUCACAUGGGAAGAGAUAUGGUUUGGUUGGCCCUAAUGGAAUGGGCAAGUCUACUCUCUUGAAGCUUCUUGCUUGGAGGAAGAUUCCAGUACCAAAAAACAUUGAUGUGCUUUUGGUUGAACAGGAGGUAGUUGCUGACGAUAGAACUGCCCUUGAAGCAGUUGUUUCAGCUAAUGAAGAACUUGUCAAAAUCCGGAAAGAGGUUGCAGAUUUGCAGAAUUCAGCUUCUGCUGAGGAAAAGGACAGUUAUGAUGAUGAUGUAGAGGGAGAGAAGCUUACUGAAUUGUAUGAGAAAUUGCAGUUAAUGGGGUCAGAUGCGGCUGAAGCUCAGGCUUCAAAGAUUCUUGCUGGGUUGGGGUUCACAAAGGAUAUGCAAGGCCGUCCAACUAAGUCCUUCAGUGGUGGUUGGAGGAUGAGGAUUUCAUUAGCAAGGGCACUUUUUGUCCAGCCAACGCUUUUGUUGCUCGAUGAACCCACUAACCAUCUCGACUUGAGGGCUGUUCUCUGGUUGGAGGAGUACUUGUGCCGCUGGAAAAAAACUUUGGUUGUCGUCUCACAUGACCGGGAUUUCCUUAACACAGUUUGCAAUGAGAUUAUUCAUCUGCAUGAUCUGAAACUCCACAUCUACCGUGGAAAUUUUGAUGAUUUUGAAACUGGGUAUGAGCAACGUCGCAAAGAAGUGAACAAAAAGUUUGAAAUUUAUGACAAGCAGAUGAAAGCUGCUAAAAGGAGUGGAAAUCGGGUUCAACAGGAGAAGGUCAAGGAUCGAGCAAAGUCUGCAGCAGUUAAGGAAGCAUCAAAGAACAGGGGCAAGGGCAAGGUUGAUGAAGAUGACACACCAGUUGAGGCUCCUAAGAAGUGGAGAGAUUACAGUGUGGAGUUCCACUUUCCUGAACCUACCGAGCUUACUCCUCCACUCUUGCAACUUGUUGAAGUCAGCUUCAGUUAUCCAAAACGGGAGGAUUUCAAGUUGUCAGGUGUUGAUGUUGGUAUUGAUAUGGGGACUCGUGUUGCCAUUGUUGGACCUAACGGAGCUGGAAAGUCUACUCUGCUCAACCUUCUUGCAGGUGAUUUGGUUCCUACGGAGGGUGAAGUACGGAGGAGUCAGAAGUUGAGGAUCGGUAGGUAUUCACAGCACUUUGUGGAUCUCCUGACAAUGGGUGAGACCCCAGUUCAGUACCUUCUUCGCCUUCAUCCAGAACAAGAGGGACUUAGCAAGCAAGAGGCUGUCCGGGCAAAGCUUGGGAAAUAUGGACUCCCUAGCCACAACCAUCUUACUCCUAUUGCAAAAUUAUCCGGAGGGCAGAAAGCACGAGUUGUCUUCACAUCAAUAUCCAUGUCAAGGCCCCACAUUUUGCUGUUGGAUGAGCCCACAAAUCAUUUAGAUAUGCAGAGUAUUGAUGCCCUGGCUGAUGCACUUGAUGAAUUCACUGGUGGAGUUGUACUGGUGAGUCAUGAUUCUAGGCUGAUAUCACGGGUGUGUGACGAUGAAGAGAAGAGUGAAAUUUGGGUUGUUGAAGAGGGUACUGUGAGGACUUUUCCAGGGACUUUUGAGGAGUACAAGGAGGAGCUACAAAGAGAAAUUAAAGCUGAGGUCGAUGACUAA